AGUGGUCCACCUGGACCUCCGGGACCACCAGGCCCUCCUGGCACUCCUGGAUCAGAUGGCAUUGAUGGGGAGAAAGGGCCACUUGGACCACCUGGUCCACCAGGGCAAAAAGGCGAGCCAGGUCAGCCAGGACCUAAUGGGCCUCCAGGGAAGAAUGGCAUUGAUGGUCUGAUUGGAGCAAAGGGGGAUCGCGGUCCAAUUGGGAGACCUGGCUCAAAGGGUCAACCAGGUCCAAGUGGUGAACCCGGACCUCCAGGAGUGGGCCUUCCAGGUCUGGCUGGCACUCCGGGGCCAAUUGGUCUCCCAGGUCAAAUUGGACAACCUGGUCCAAAGGGCAUAAUGGGACCACCUGGACCUCCAGGACUUCCAGGGCCUUCAGGCAAGCCAGGACCUCCAGGAAAGUUUAUUGGUUUAGAUGAAGGCAGUGCAGAUUUCCAGUGUCCUCUGAACUGCCCAGCAGGACCUAAAGGGCCCCAGGGACUGCAAGGUGUUAAGGGACACAAAGGAAGAGCUGGUGUUCUUGGGGACCCUGGCAGCAUAGGGAAAGUGGGAUCCAAGGGAGAUAUAGGCAUCUCUGGGGAACAAGGCAUACCAGGACCACCGGGUCCAAUGGGCCUUAGAGGUUACCCAGGAAUGAUGGGUCCCAAAGGAGAGGCUGGACCUCGUGGCUACAAGGGCAUCGGUGGACCUGUAGGAAUCCCUGGACCGCCUGGUGAAGAGGGACCUAGGGGACCACCUGGAGAGCCAGGAGACAGGGGUGAUAAAGGCAGCCGAGGCAUUCAGGGUCCUCAAGGUGCAGUUGGCAAAAAGGGAGUGAAUGGUCUGCCAGGCAUUGAUGGAAAAGACGGCACACCUGGAGUACCUGGAAUCAAAGGUGCUCCUGGGCAGCCUGGGAUGCCAGGUCCUCCUGGUCCUCAAGGAGCAGCAGGAUUACCAGGAUCCCCAGGGGCUAAAGGAGAAGCUGGAGUUAAGGGGGAAACAGGCCCUAGGGGUCCUGCUGGCCUGGCUGGUGCUCCUGGACCUUUGGGUGAGCCUGGUAUUCCUGGUGAGCCUGGUAUGGCAGGGGUCCCUGGACCUAAGGGAGACAGAGGCCAGCGGGGACCAGUAGGGCCACAGGGUGCAGUUGGCAAACCUGGAAGCAAGGGAGAAAGAGGGCCCACUGGUGUUCCAGGUGCACAGGGCCUUCCUGGGAUUAAGGGAGACAAGGGCUUUCAAGGCAAAGUUGGUUCAAAGGGGGGAAUAGGUGACCCCGGUGUCGAGGGACUGGCCGGUGAGAAAGGUGAAAAGGGUAUAUCUGGUGAACCUGGACCUAAAGGACAGCAAGGAAUUAGGGGUGACCUCGGGCACAAUGGACCCACUGGAGACCCCGGUAAGCCUGGAGAUCAGGGCCCAUCAGGGCUAUCAGGUCCAAGGGGACUUAACGGCGAGCGAGGGGUACCCGGCAUGCCAGGCAUUCCGGGGCCACCAGGACGUGAUGCAUCUGACCAGCAUAUUAUUGAAGUGGUUCUAAAGAUGAUGCAGGAGAAGCUUACAGCGGUAGCAGUGAGCGCAAAGAGAGCCGUGCUUGGUGGUGCAGGUGUAAUGGGACCUCCUGGGCCUCCUGGACCUCCAGGAUCACCUGGCUCUCAGGGUCCACAUGGUUUACCAGGUCCCCGUGGGGUACCUGGUAUCAUCGGAGCGCAUGGGCAGAUUGGAAACACAGGGCUCAAAGGGAAGAGAGGGGCAAAGGGGCAGAAAGGAGAUCCAGGUAAAGCUCACCCAGGACCACCAGGGCCCCCAGGAAUACAAGGUCCUCCUGGUGUUGACGGUGUAGCUCGAAAUGGAAGGCCUGGUGAGAGAGGACCUCAAGGAGUAGCCGGGGAGGCCGGUCGCCCCGGUAAGGCGGGACCCCCAGGUCUCCCAGGGUACUGCGAGGCAGCCAUGUGUCUGGCUGCGUCUGCAUACACCUCGCAGAGAUUACAGGAGCCGGGAACGAUCAAAGGACCCAAUGUUUAGAAACUCAGCUCUCACAUCAGCAGCUCAUAACCCCCCCCGAGAGAGUGGGAGAAAAAAAAAAAGGAAAAAAAAAAACGAGAGCAAAGCCACUCUUCUCUGUCGGACAACAGUAAAAAUGAGAGGUGUGGACAGUGACGGCGCGAUGACUGGAUGUUUAGCCCCCUCGUCCCGCUUAGAUUUGACAACCGGAAGUCUUGACUGGUGGGACAUCAUGAUCCUAAUCCCACACAUCACCAUGACAACAGCAGCUCGCUGCCAUCUACAUCCUUUUAACAUUCUUUUUUUUUUUUCUUAUUUUUUCUGGAUGAUGUCAGUGUCAGUCCCUUCCAAAUAUCCUUUCGCUGUUCCAGCAGUGACACAGGAACAGAUUCAGACUGUGUCUCCUUGUCUCCCACCAACACAUCAUCUGCAGUUUGGGCCGAGAACAGCUGAAUAUCCAACAUGAUGAAGGAUGCUUUUUUUUUUUACAACCAUGUAUUUGUUACACAUACAUGCAAUAUUUUUGUGUUUUAAUUUAUGAAGCUUUAAAAUGCACAAAAAGUCCAAUAAAUGAUUUUAAUCUACA